AUGGUCGGGGAUCAGCCACCGGUGGCCCCCCAUAAACCACCUAAAUCUUUUGCAAGCUUCUUCCAUAGAGCUUCUGAAUCGGUUGCAAAUAAAGAUUCGCUCAUCAAGCCAGUCAAGUUCAUCAAUGGAACGCCAAUCUUGGAAUAUAAAGAUGAUGAAUUUGAAAAACUUGUUGCACCCCACAGAUUGAGUUUAGUGGGUAAAUUUUCGUAUGGCCGUUCCAAGAUGGAGGAAGUCUAUAAUGAAUUCAAGAAGAUUGGAUUCAAUGGUGGCUAUAAUCUAGGUCUUAUGAAUUCAAGGCACGUCUUGAUCUGCUUUGAGGAGGAACAGGACUAUAAGAGAUGUUGGAUUCGGACUUUUUGGAACAUAGCGGGAUACUCAAUGCGGAUUUUAAAAUGGACUCCGGGUUUCCGUUUUGAAGAAGAUCCGCCAGUAGCUCCUAUUUGGGUUUCUCUCUGCGACUUGCUAAUUGAAUACAUGCACCCGGAGGUCAUCUUCUCAAUGGCUACAGCUAUAGGACAACCCUUGAAGGUAGAUACGCCCACUUUGAACAUGACAAGACCAUCGGUGGCAAGGUUUUGUGUUGAAGUGGACCUAAUGAAAGAGUUACCAAAAUCAGUGAAGAUCGGGAAGAGAGGACGUAAGCAUGAGCAAAUUUUCACUUAUGAACACGUCCCUGCGUAUUGUUCAAAGUGCAGCAUAAUUGGGCAUAAGGAAAGAGAUUGCCGUAUUGGAAAGCCAGCUCCCCAAAAAAUUGUUGUGGAUAAGAUAACUGCUCCAAAUGAAAAGAAGAAUGGAAUCAAGAUGGCCAAGCAAAAAGUGAAGUUGGGAUCGAAGAAACCUCAUGAGAAGUCAGAGGUUGAGGUUGAAAUCAUAAACGCUAAUCCACCAGUGUUGAUCCCUGGGGAAUCAACUUCGGGUCUUUCAGCGAGUGAGAAGACAGUGAUCCCAAUGGACAUUCUCGACUCUACGCCUCCAAAAGGCGUAACUGAGGAAGAGGAAAAUCAGGUCUCUAAACGGGUUGCAACUCAGCUAACCGAAGCUCUGCAGGUUGAGGUUUCUCCUAAAGGGAAUCGAUUCUCUGUUCUUGCGGACAUUGAUGAGGUGAGAAAUGGAUCUGACUCUAGUGAGGAGAAUGUAGAACAUAUUCUAGUUGAGAAGCCGUCGCUUGAGAAUAAUUCAGCUCCCGAAAGGCGUGAAACCCUAGCCUUAGCAUCAAUUCCGCAGGCCAAACAGUUGAUAAAUGAGCAUUCGGAUGACUGCAAUGUUGGCUCUCGAAGUCUGAUUGAGGACAGUGAGGAAGAGCAUGUCAACAGUGAUGAUGAAUGA